AUGGCUGUGUGGACUGCAGUACGUUUGAUGGUCUACUAUGGUGCUAGGCUAUGCCGUUUGCGCAGAUGUUUCCUUAUUGUUACUCACGGUGCUAACAGCAGCCUGCCUAAGCACCAGACCUGGCUCGCUCAAGGGCAUGCUGAUGCGCCUGACUCGCCUUUUCAUGAGCUUCACCUGAGUGAAGCGGAGCGAAAUGUAGGCCGGCGGUGCAAUAGGCCGCAGGAAUUACUCCUUCCUGAUGAGCCCUGAUGGACAACAACCCAUCGAAACGGUUAACUGGAGCGCAAUUUAUGAAGACCCUACCAGACCGCUCAUCGUCGAUCUGGGCUGCGGUGCUGGCCGUUAUAUCGUGUUAAUGGCCCAUCGCAAGGGCCGUGGAAAUAACUAUCUAGGUGUCGACGUACACAAAGCGCUCUUGGACAGAGCUAAUGGCUGGGCUGCUUCAAGGUCCUUGUCUGGCAAUGUGCACUUCCUGCAAGCCAACGCCGUCAUCUCUGCUGGUUCAUUGCUGGCGUCGUAUCCCGGUCCGGUUGAGCUCGUGAGCGUUCAGUUCCCGGAUCCUCAGCAGCGCCGGCAGCGGCAUAUUGUAGGGAAAGAGCUUGUGGAAGCUUUGGCGCAAGUUCUCAAACCUAGAGCACGCGUGUACCUAGCUUCAGACUUUGAGGAUACGGCAACCUACAUGCGCAACGCAUUUGAGCGAUACGGGAGGGAAUGCUUCCGCAUCGAUGAUGUCCACACCGCCCAACCUGUCGUUCCAUGCACAUCUGUAUCCACUGAUCUUGGUGUAUUAGUUGCGACCACGGCGACGCCCACUUCACGUGUUCAGAGUUCGGGAGGCUUUCCUGUCGGAUCAGCGCAGCUUUACUCUGGCUGCUCCGCCCAAGCUGUGCAGACGCCGUCGUUGUCUUCAGCGCAAUUACAAGGGGCGGUGGAUGGAGAAAUAAACAGGCAAUUUUUUGAAUCGGAGGAGAAGCAGGACCGUGGGUCUGAGGGCCAAGCUAGUGAUGCGGCGGAUGAAGACCUGUUAUUUUUCAAGGGGUCGUGGAAUCAGGCUGGCUGGCUGGUGCUAGUUGCCAAUCAGGACCUCGCAAAGGCUGGCCUCGCCCAUGGCGCGAAGCUCAUGCUGCUGCUCAGCGACGGCACAGCCGUGGCGACCCAAGGCCAGCAGGCCCUGCAGCAGCAAAAAAAAGCGAAACAGGAGGAAGCCGCGCAGCGCGUGAGGGACUUGUACGCGCAGGCCAAGGGCCUCGGCGGCGCGGCAGCCACCGCCAUCGCAGCAGCGGCCGCAGCCACGGCAGCAGCCGCGUCGGUCGGACCGGCCAUCGACUGGCAGGAACGCAAACGGAUCUGGGAGAAGACAGGCGAGGCGGGAUGGCGAAUGAAUGGCCUCCUUGCUCUAUUUUUUAAAUUAGAGGGGGAAACCGGCGCCGCCUCCCGUCUCGCUGACCUGUCCCACAACCGCCUGUGCCGCCUGCCGGCCUCCUUGGCGUGCCUCACCUCCCUCCACACACUGCGCCUGGAUCACAACCAGCUGACCGCGGAGGGACUUCCCUGGAGUGCCUUGAGCCAGCUGACCGCCCUCACCGCCCUCAGCUUGGACUGCAACGGGGGGUUGGAGAGGGUGCCGGAGGAGGGCAUCGUGGGGCUGCAGGCGCUGCAGGCGCGUAUGUUUGUCCUCAGUUUAAAUCGCAACCUGCUCACUCAUCUGCCUGAGGGUCUGUGUCGGCUGAGGGCGCUCCGGGUUUUAUCGGCGGAUGGAAACAGGUUGGAGGCGUUGCCGGACGGGUUAGGUGGGUGCACCUCCCUGGAGGAGCUGUCCGCGGAGGGAAACCGCAUUCGCCACCUGCCACCCUCCCUGGCGCUACUGACUCGCCUGCAGACAGUACGACUGGACAACAACAUGUGGGUACGGAUCACCGCCGUACCGCCCGCCGUACUGCGCGACUGUGCCAGCCUGGCCACGUUAUCCCUCCAGGGGAACCCCAUCACUGCCGACCAGCUGCGCUCUACCCCCGGGUUUGCUGAGUACGACACCCGCCGCGUGGCCCGAUGCAACAAGCAGCUGGGCGCUGGGGUGUUGGAGCACGCGGCGCGAACGUUUACGGAGGGUGCGGAGGACCGGCAGUGGAGCAGAUGGGGGGGUGAUGGCGGAGGAGGGAGGGCAGCAGGGGAUGGGGUCGUUAAGGGUUGCUGGCAACUUAGCGGGGGACACCGGGGGGAUCGCACCUCGGACCGCACCAGCGGGCUGGCGGCGGUGGAGGACUUUGGCCGUUUUGCUGCCGCCGGCAUCACCACUUUUGAUGCCGCUGACCACUACGGGCCCGCGGAGACCCUCAUCGGGCGGUACCUGGCAACCGACCCGGAUCGCCGACCUCCCAACACGCAGGUCCUCACCAAGUACUGUGUUUUCGGCCGGAGGGACAUGGCGGGCAUCAACAGGGAGGCUGUCAAGCAGGCCGUCAACUUGUCUCGGAGCCGACUGGGAGUAGAUCGAGUGGACCUCAUGCAGUUCUACUGGGGCGAUUAUGACGUCAACAGGUAUGUGGACGGCGCGCUGUACCUAUCGGAGCUGGCUUCGGAAGGCCUUAUCCGCCAUGUAGGCGUUACAAAUUUUGACGUACCGCGCAUGGACGCCAUGGUACGAGCUGGGGUGUACAUCGCAUCGAAUCAGCUGCAGUACUCGCUACUUGAUCGCCGGCCAGAGAACGGUAUGGCUCAGUUUUGCGCCGCCAACGGCAUCGCGUUGUUAUCGUACGGUGUUCUGGCGGGCGGCUUCCUGUCCGAUAAAUACCUGGGAAUGCCCGCCAACAAGGUUAGUGUGGACACGUACAGCAAGGGCAAGUAUGCGGGGGUUAUUAAUGCCGUGGGAGGCUGGGACUGGUUUCAGAGCCUGUUGCAGGCCCUGGAUAUCGUGGCUCGCAAACACGACACCACCAUCUCCAACGUGGCGGCUCGCUGGGUGCUGGAUCGCCCAGGGGUAGCUGCGGUCAUUUUGGGCGCGCGAAAUGCGGAUCAUGUUCAGGAUCAAGUACGGCUGUUCGGCUUCACUUUGGACGAGCAAGACCAGGCUGCUAUCCAGGAGGUUUUGGAUCGGGGCAGGAGGCCCCGCAGCGACUGCUACACUUGGGAGCGCGGGGGCGAGUGGUGA